UGCUGUCAAAAUUUCAGCUCAAUCCGAAACAAGAAGUGUCUCAAAUUGAACUUGCAAGAUUUGAUUAGUCAAAGUCAAAGUAGCUUUUUCUGUUGAUCGAGUAGGUUACAGCUGUUUAAUAAUAAUAAUAUACUUCUACAAUUAGGCAGACAGCAAACAACGAGACAAGUAAAACCAAAUAAAAGCUUAUUAAAUUACAAACUAAAUUAACACAAAUAGCGGAAAAAUCGUUAUCGUAUAAAAAACAUCACGUAACACGUAUAUGGUAAUUUCCUGAAAAGUUUAAACACAAAAAUUUCAACUCAAAACCAUGACGUCAUGAUAUUCUAUCGCAAUUAUUUGCGUAAUUUCAAAUGCUGGUAGUCAUUUUAAAGCAAACAUUUGUGACUCUUUGUAUCUCUGGCUCUUUGAGCAAACAUUGUCCCGCCACGUUCAUGCCGUAUGGCUCUCCUAUCAGCAUUUGUAUGAUUAUCAAGAACCUAUAUUUAAACGUGAACCGAUUUCGUUUCUUCACUGUAUGGUCUCCAUCGCCGAUAAUAAAGGGUGGCCUACUGAAAAAACAGAGGUAUACCACCUCCUUUUCGUAUUUUGAAACUGGGCCAAUCGUAAUUUAUAUCAAGUGUUUCAAAUUAGAGAUUUAUUUUUAACGAAUUAAAAUUAUUUUAACUUUUUUUUUCUUAAGUUUAACUUCGCUUCUAUUCAAGUAUUUUACGAAAAUGACUGUUUGUGAUGGUUUUUCAAAGAAGACUAGUUUUGAAGAUGCGCUGGACCUCACUGGUUUCGGCAAGUACAAUGUGGGUAUGUUAACAUCGUGCUGCCUGCUCAUCCUGGCCAUGUACCUCGACAUCUUCGGGUUCUCCGUGGUACUGCCCGCAAUGGCCUGCGACAUGAACCUUGACACCGCACAGCAGGGCAUGCUCUCUGCCAUGCCACUUAUAGGUGUGUUGGUGUCGUCCUACGGCUGGGGGCUAUGCGCGGACACCAUAGGCCGGCGCAAGUCCUUACUCAUAGCCAUGCCUCUCGCCUUCGUGCUCAGUCUAGUAUCCACUAUGGCUCCCGACUAUGCCUCACUGGCAGUUAUCAAACUGUUCUCAGUGUCUUUUUCUUCAGCAGCGAACGCCGCGGCAUUCGUGUUGCUCGCGGAGAGCGUCCCGGCGCGACACCGCAGCAGAUUCAUGUUCCUGAUGGCUAGUGCGACAAUGUUCACACAAUUCAUAAUUUGUGUAUUUGCCCUGCCGAUAUUCAAAUUGACCUUCAGCAUUCACAUAAACUUAUUGAAUAUGGAGUACAGACCAUGGAGGUUGUUGCUGCAAGUGAUCUGCUUGCCGCACGGCAUAGGGACUCUAGCCAUGGUCUUCUUGAAGGAAAGCCCCAAGUUUUUACUUAGUAAAGACCGAAGCGAUGAAGCUUUAGAAGUUUUCAAAUCGAUUUAUGCUAGCAACACCGGAUGUCCGAAGGAUUCCUAUUCUGUCAUGCACGUGUAUCUUGAUGAAACAAUAGUGGCCAGUACUGAAACUUCAAUGGUAAAGAGAGUCUGGAACCAAACCGCGCCUCUGUUCAAACCUCCACUACUGAAGAACUCUGCCAUACUCUACUACUUGUUGCUAUGCGCUUAUAUGACAUCAACUGGUUUCACUAUGUUUGUACCUACCAUGACCAAUGCAUAUUUCACUGGCAAGGAGACGCAUGGACGUACGUUUUGUGAAGUUGCGAGUACCAGCACAAGUUCCCAUAAAAUACCUUCCAUAGAUUGUAACCAUACAAUCCAGCCCUUGGCCUUGUACGCUACCAUGGUUUACUCAGGAGCCUCAACAUUCCUGAUGAUAAUACUCUCCUUUGUCGCACCGUACGUCGGGAAAAAGAUGAUGACCCUCUUGAUUUUCACCGUGUCGUCUCUGGCUGGAAUCUUGCUGAUAUUCAUAAAAAUUCCGAUGCUGAGCAUAGCCCUUUUCUUCAUAUUUUUAUAUGUUGCUCAGAUAUUAGCAAAUGUAAACACGUAUUUGGUUGAACUUAACCCUACGCAUCUCAGAGGAAUGGCGACGUGCCUGUCAGUGGUGGUGGCCCGAGGGUUCGGUUUCUUCAGUGUGCACAUUAUCGCCAGCCUUCUGGGUGACUACUGUACACCAAUGCUCAGCGGCUACAUUGUCUUAGUUAUGUCUGGAUUCCUCGCGGCAAUUUUCUUACCAUCAGAUUCUAAAUCGAACAAGGAACAGAAUCAAAUUGUAUCCAGGGAAUCAGAAAACCCGUAGAAUAUUGUUAAGUUAGUUAAAUGAUUGCAUUGAACAAUAUUACAUCGUGAAAAAAUAAUCACCACCUUAAUCACUGCGAGUUAGCUAUUUUGGAUUCAAAAUAUUCGGAUUACAGGUUUUCUCACGAUUUUUUCCUUCACGAUUUUUAGUGGUAUCUUAGAGCAAUUUGAGCAAAUACUGAGUAAGUCUUUCGUGGCCUGUUUUUUAAUCUAAUCUGCAUCUCUUGCAUACAAAUCCAAACAUAAAACUGCAACUCCACUACGGUUAGCUAUGCUCUCCAUGAUGAAAGAUGUCCGAGCCCAGUAGAUGAGUUGGUGUUAUUAUUUAAGUUGAGACUGAUAAAUUAAAUAUACGGUUUGAAAUAAAACAUUGUAUUUUACUGGAACUAACCAGAGUUCCCUCCUUCACUUUUAUUAAUCCAGUUUUUUCAUCCUGAUAGUUAAUUCUGUCAACAACAAAUCUGCCUUGCAAUGAGACAGUCAGAACUAAAAAACGUAUUGUGGUGAAGAGAUAGUAAUACAUUUUCGGUGAUUUUCAAAUAAACAGAUGAAACAUAAUCAACACUUGAACGUCUAGGUUAGCCAAAUUACGCAUAGCA